AUGAAAUCAAGAAAGAAUAUCCCGAAUGAAUUUUCCUUGGAAUAUGUCAAUAAAUCCCACAUUGAAUCUUUCGAGAGAGCGCUUGCAUUCAAUCCGGACACUGAUCCUAAUGAGCAUAUCGUUGCUGCCACCGAAUUACUCCCAUUUAGACAACCUGCACCCUCGACAGUAGAGGGAAUAACGUAUCGGUUGUUUAGGUUUCCAUUGAUGAUCAUCGCCUUUGCAUAUAUACUUGUUGAAGUUAUUCUUUACCUCAUUGUGAGAGCAAUUGUUGCAUCAUGGGAAUAUAUUGUUACGUAUCUACAUGGAAGAGGAACCAAUCUCACAAAUAGUCUCAGGGAAGCAAGAACGUAUAAGGAAUGGGUUGAUACAGCAUUAAAACUGGAUGCAUGCUACGGCUAUGACAAAUGGAAACAAGAAACUCCAUUCCGAUAUUAUGACUACAAUCUAUUGCAGAAAGUGGAAAGGGAUCUCAGAGAAUUUAGAGAAGGCAAAAUGGCUGAUCCAUAUGCAUUGAAAAAUUUGUUACUGCACUCGGUUAAAGGAAAUUUCGCGGGAGUAGAGAAUACAAGACUAUACAGUCAUACUUAUUAUGGUACCAAGAGACUAGUAGAUUCGUAUAUUGAUGAAGGUCCGGACAAACAUCGGCUAUUUAAACUAGCCUGCAAGAACUAUGGCCGUACUGCCCUCUGUCUGAGCGGGGGAGCCAGCUUCGGUUAUUAUCACAUCGGUGUAGUGCGCGCACUCUAUGAUGCUGGUCUGCUCCCGUCAGUUAUCACGGGUACCAGUUCUGGCGGUCUUAUAGCCGCAUUAACAUGUACCCAUACUAACGAAGAAUUAGAGCAAGUGCUACGACCAGAAAUCUGUUCCCGCCUCAAUGCUUGUGGGGAUUCGAUAGACAUGUGGCUGAAGAGAUUCUGGAAAACCGGCGCUAGAUUCAGUGCUGUUGAUUGGGCACGCAAAGUUCAAUGGAUUACGAAAGGAAGCUUGACUUUUCGAGAAGCUUACGAGAGAACAGGAAGGAUACUCAAUAUUUCUGUUAUCCCGUAUGAUACGCAUUCUCCUCCUAAACUUCUUAAUUAUAUUACGGCGCCUGACUGUGUGAUAUGGUCAGCUGUGAUUGCCAGCGCCGCAGUACCAGGCAUACUGAAUCCGGUUGCCCUUAUGCAAAAAACAGCGGAUGGAUCACUGGUGCCUUAUAAUUAUGGACACAAAUGGAAAGAUGGCUCGCUACGCACGGAUAUUCCAUUGCAGUCUCUCUACUCUCUGUUUAACGUCAAGUUUACCAUAGUAUCACAAGUCAAUCCUCAUAUUCAUAUAUUUUUUUAUGGGCCCCGUGGCUCAGUCGGUCGUCCAGUUGCUCAUCGUAAAGGACGUGGAUGGCGAGGGGGUUUCCUAUUAUCUAGUUUUGAGCAGAUGCUCAAAUUAGACCUAAGCAAAUGGUUGAAAGUGAUCAGAGAUCUAGAAUUGAUGCCACCUGUAGCCGAUCAGGAUUGGAGCUCUGUCUGGCUACAACGAUUUGACGGUAAUAUCACCAUUCUUCCCAAAAUAACAGUCUGGGACUAUUAUUAUAUACUAUGUGAUCCCGAUUACCGUCGUCUAUCCCACAUGAUUACAUAUGGUCAACGAGCAGCAUGGCCAACAUUGAAAAUGAUAUCCAAUAGGUUAAAAAUCGAGUGUGCUAUCGAGAAGGGACGCCGAACAGUCAAGCGUGAGAGAUACCGGUUACAUCGACGAGUAGAAUGUAAUCAUCCUCAUCACGAAGACACGGAAAAUACUUCUGAAUCAGUAGAUUCAUCUGUUGGUGGAAAUAGCGGAUCAAGCGAUUCAGGUGAUAGAAAUGAGGGAAAUGAUGUUGGAGUUGAGUAUGCAAAGAGAUGGCGAGAACAUAGCGGGCUAAUGAGGAAGAAAGAACAUCGUUCGUAUUCCAUCCCGUCGCAAUCCGAUAGUGAUAGUUUUUGA